GAACAAAUUCACAGUCUAACAUUGCCUCCUCUAACAUGAAGACUUCUCUUGUGAUUCUGGUUUUGAGCGCCGUUGUGGCCGCUGUUGUUGCGGAAGGCGAAUAUGCGCCACCUGCAUACGAGAAGAAGUACGACGGCUAUUUCCAGUACGCCAACGUGCCUGGUCCAGAGGAAUACGAAUUCGGAUACAACCGCGGAAACGCUCAACACAAUCGCAAUCAUUACGAGCAGUCCAAGGAUAGCCGUUUCCGCACCAAGGUCAAGUGGGCUGAUACCUACGCCGGAAAUGGUGAGCACUACUGGGAAUACAACCAUGCGGAUGCUGGAUACAAAGCUCCCGCCUAUGAAGCCCCAGCUUACCCCGCCCCAGCUUACUCCGCACCGGCUUACUCCGCACCGGGUUAUUCCGAGAACAUUCCAUCCUUCGAGCCAGCCCCAGCAGCUGGUAAACAGUAAAUAAUUGUUAUUAUUUUACUGAACUGAGCUUGCUUCCAGCCUGAAAUAAUGGAUACCCUUGUCAUCAUCAUCGACAUUGUCUCUCCAUUUUAAAAUCAUUUGUGCGGCCUUGUGUCUGCUGGUCAGACGUCUUAUCGAUCCAUCCAUCCUCCCCAAGAUCGUUUCCAAAUAUCGUAAUAAUAAUAAAUAUUGUUAAUAUUGAAAACA